GUACUGGUGUUGUUCCUGACUUAAGCGCUUCCCUGCCAGUCGCCGAUGUCCAUACUUUGAGCAAUCCUUACGCCAUUAACUUGCCGUAUAUUAAGGCAGUUUUGGCAGCUCUGGAGUCUCCGUCCCAAGACGCCUUGAGUCCCUCGCACAAAAGGAAACUGAGCGAAGUAAUCGAGGGCACACCCGAACUUGAUUGGGAAGAAAACCGAUCCCAUUCUGAUAUCAGCCAUUUAUCUUCGCCUUUGGCUAGGCUUUCAUUAACACCGGGAGUGAGCGAUGCCCAAAAGGCUGCCGAAGACACGGGGUUAACGUACCCUAAUAAGAGACCGAAGGGUGCGCGCCAUUUCUACUGAUUAUCCCCAUCUCUGAUCGACUGAUUGGCUGCUAAUUACUUUACUAUUCCUGAUGGAUGCACGGUGGAGUCCGAAGAAUUAUCUCUUGAGGGAGAGGAAGAAAUGCCUGAUCUGGCGGAGGGCUCCCUUCCUAUACGAGUUCUCGAUAACUUUAUUGUUUCGACGAAGCUGCACAAGGGAUGAUGGCGUCCCUGCUUAGCUUGGAGGAUCAGGAAUCCUCACUGAGAAUUUUCGGAAAUAUCCGGCCCAUGUUUGUCGAAGAUGACGAUUACGGCCAAUUCGCUGAGUUUGAGGACGCAACCACCCCGGAAACAGCGGAAGAGGGCAUAGAGUUUGUGUCGACCGCAAUAUUCCUCUACUAUCUUGAAACAGAUCCAUUACAACCAUUGAUAUGGCUCAAGACUCAGUAUUCAUGGCUCAUUCUGGAUCGCCCUGCAGUGGAAUACAAGAAGGAUCAUGAUGGUUUUUGGGAGCAACGAUACUUAUGUCGCUUGGCGCUUCUCAGCACUCAAGCUGGUUUGCGGAACUUUGACUUGACUCUGAACGAUGUUCCUCAGACAGAGUCUCCAAUGCGAUGUCAAGUAACCGUUAUGUUGUAGAAGAUCUUAUUCAGGAUGCUGCAGAAGGUGGCUGGGAAGACGCUUAGGAUGCGCUGCCAGAACUAUAUCCCAAACAACGGAAAUCAUCAACAUCGAAAAGAUUACAGCGGAGUAGCCUUCGUACAAGGGUGAUGUCUAAACCCUUGACAUCGCGAUUAGGCCGUACUGGGUUGCUACAUCCUACUCACAAGACUGGCAAGCAACAAACUGGGCCGUCGAGCUCUCUCCGUCCGUUUGACUCCUCGCUCUUGGAUCAAAUUAGUGAAUCUGUUGAAGCCCCUGCCAGGGGUGAGGAGGAUGGUCUCUGGGGCAUGAAUUCCAGCGAGAUCGAACGGAACAAGCAGAGACCAUCUUCAGAGUAUCACCUUCACGACUUCGUCUAUUUCCGUGGUAUUCAAAAGGAUGACAUACCCCACCCUUUUCGAGUUGGUCAAAUGAUGAAUUUUGAGAAAACAGGACAUAUGGAACGUGUUACCGUACAACAUUUUGGUCGAUAUGAUGAUUUAGAGGCAGCCUCCGAGGACCGUUCAGAGCAAGGGGAGAGGGAUCCACGUCACUUGUAUGCUUCGAGAGUGUCAUACAGAUUGAGCAAAAAUGUGCUCUGUGGGCAUUGUGUCGUGCGACAUUACAGGGAAUUCUGCAAGUUGGAGGAUGAGCUCAGGUAUCAAGAAAACCAGUUCUACGUCAAGUUUCUUUCCCGUAUCGCCAACCCGGCUAUUAACAUCUGUACGAAAAAUCUCGUUCCCUUGAAACCGGACGACCUUAGGCAGUGUACUAAACCAUCAUGCAAGAACAGAACAGAACAAGGUGCAACCAAUCCACACAUACCCCUGAAAUGUUUGGCCCUUUUCCAUGGUGCCGGUGGGCUGAGUCUUGGACUCGAGCAGGCAGGGUGUAUUGUUACAAAAUGGGCCAUUGAUGCAUACCCCAGCGCGCAUGUAACAUUGAAGACAAACUUUCCGGACGUAGCCGCCAUCCUGCAAGACACAAAUGCUGUGUUGAGAAGGGCUAUUGAACUGGCUGAAGGAAAACAUCCACCACCGUUAUUUCAGCUCAACAGCAAGACAGAGCGUUGUCCAGACCUCCCACGACCUGGUGAGGUCGACAUCAUCAUAGGAGGACCGCCUUGCCAAGGCUUCUCGAGGCUGAACCCAUUCGCAAGUGCUUUGGACAGCCGAAACAGUCUGAUUGGAAACGCCCUCUCCUACGUGGACUUUCUGCACCCACGUUUUGUGCUCCUUGAGAAUGUCCCACCUUUGCUCAAGAUGAGUAGCACGGUACGCGACGAAACCGGGGACGAGGAACAUAUCGAGAAUGCUUUCGCUAAACUCAUUGUCAGCUUCUUGGUGCAGCGUGGAUAUCAAGUGCGUUUCAAAGUACUGCAAGCGGGGCAGCACGGAGCCCCCCAAGGGCGCAGUCGUGCAAUAUUCUGGGCAGCGUGGCACGGGGAAGUCCUUCCGGACUUCCCCUUCCCACUCAUACGUGGCAUCAGAAAACAAGCAAUAGCAGAGAUGAGGACGGCGGUGCACCGUAUCCGGCCGUGACGGUUGAGGAUGCUAUUAGUGAUCUUCCCCCUUUUCAUUGGAAUUGGGAUGCACGUGGUGCGUGCAGGCCAGACGAAGAUUUACCUCGCACGGAAGAGAAACGGGUCUCGGCUGUCAGCAAGAACAAUAGUCGGAGGGCAGUCGGAUAUGUGCAUCCAGUACCGUACCCAGGGCCCGCUCGAACCGCAUAUCAAAGAAUGCUCCGUGGUGAUUGCGAGGAAGUUGAACAUCAUGUUACUUCAAGCAGGAGUGUGAGAGAGAUUGAAAGAGCGUGAUAUACCCGAAGGAUGCGAUUGGAGAUGGCACUGUCCACGUUUAGCCCCAGCAGAUGUAGCACAUCCACAUGGGGCCGUAGUUGGAAACACGAACGCGAACAGGGAUGCGAAAUACGCACGUGUGUACGCCUCCAAGCCGGCUCAAACCGUCGUGACCACAAUCUGCCCUGGAGGACGGAUGACGCGUGUACUCCACUACUCACAAUACCGUGUACUGUCAGCACGAGAGAACGCUCGUCUGCAAGGAUUUCCUGACUCUUUUAACUUUGUGUCUGAAGAGGACCGCGUUGACGACAUUUAUCGUCUGGUUGGUAACGCGGUGCCAGUGCCCCUGGUUUUCCAACUGGGCUUGGAACUCAACAAAGCAUUGGCGAGACAUGAGGACCACCAACGAGACCAGUCUCCAGAACUUGAGUUUGUUGAGGUUGACAUGUAAAUCGGAUACACCCGGAAUCCUGGCGCAAAUUCUUGUACGCUACACAUGUUGUUGUAUUCGACGCAAGAGCGUAGGAUACUGUAUGCUCGUGUAACAAAUGAAAGUGCUGUUG